GCAGAGGCACACCGGGCUGGACUUCCGGGCAGAGGCACACCGGGCUGGACUCCGGGCAGAGGCACACCGGGCUGGACUCCGAGGCACAGAGGCACCAGGCGAAGCAGCAGGCAGCGGGCCACCAGGCGGAGCAGCAGGCACCGGGCCCCCGGGCGGAGCAGCAGGCAGCGGGCCCCCGGGCGGGGGGGCAACAGGCACCGGGCCCCCCGGGCGGGGCGGCAGGCACCGGGCCCCCAGGCGGGGGGCGACAGGCAUCGGACCCUCAGGCAGAGCGGCGGGCGCCGGACCCCCAGGUGGAGCGACAGGUCUCGGGCCCUCAGGCGGAGCGGCGGGGCGCCGGACCCCCAGGUGGAGCGACAGGUCUCGGGCCCUCAGGCGGCAGCGGCGGGCGCCAGACCCCCAGGCGGAGCGACAGGUCUCGGGCCCUCAGGCGGAGCGGCGGGCGCCGGACCCCCCCAGGUGGAGCGACAGGUCUCGGGCCCUCAGGCGGAGCGACAGGUCUCGGGCCCC